GUUUUAUAAUCUUACCACAGAUAACGAACCUUCAGAACGCCCGCUGUCGGAAAAUUCAUAUAUGGACAAUUUCCAAGAGCCUUUGUACGGCAACGUGGAGCAGGGCACCGAUAUACCUGUAGGCGAAAUCUUCGCAAUAAUGAAGACUAAAAGUAGGGAUACAUUGAAAGCGGAAUAUGAGAAAUUCCCUACAGUAUUCACUGCGAAAUGUACAGUGGGUCAGAAGCCGGAAAAUCACACGAAGAAUAGAUUUAAAAACAUCAUGGCCUAUGACCACUCUCGAAUCGCACUGACUCCACUCCCGGAUGAUCCUCAUUCCGAUUACAUCAACGCUAACUAUAUCGACAGCUACAAGAAGAGUAAAGCAUUUAUUGCCGCUCAAGGUCCGAAACCAAACACGGUGAACGACUUCUGGCGAAUGGUCUGGCAGGAACAUUCACCCCUGAUUGUAAUGGUGACGAACUUGGCAGAAAAUGGCAAGGCGAAAUGUGCUAAAUAUUGGCCUGAUAAAGGCAAUGAACGCUUCGGCAUAGUAUCUGUGACUUUGAAGAAAAAAGAAACUCAUCCUGAUUUCACUGUGCGGACGCUGCUUAUGUCUGUGUCCAAUUCCCCCACAAAGACGGUAAGACAAUUCCAUUUCACCGGCUGGCCUGACCACGGAGUGCCCGUAGACGCCUCAGCGUUGGUGCGGUUUCGAGAGGGGGUCAAAGGUUAUCAGAGAAGGGUGGAAGGUCGGGGUCCCACCAUAGUCCAUUGCAGUGCUGGUGUCGGUAGGACUGGGACUUUCAUCGCCCUGGACUACCUGUUAGACCAAGCCGAGGCUGAAGGGAAGAUCAACAUAUUCAACCUUGUUCAACAGAUGAGAGGUUCACGUCCGAUGAUGAUACAAACUGAGGAGCAAUACUACUUCGUCCAUGACGUCAUGUUAGAGGAGCUGUUCUGUGGAACUACGACAAUCCCUGUACAGGAAUUACAGCCAUAUCUACAUCGACUUGAUCAGGUGGACAGUAAAUCCGGCCUGUCAAAAUUAGAGGGAGAGUUUGCUGUCCUUCAAUACAUGUUUGUUGGAUCUGAUGACACAAACAAAGCAGCAUUGGAUCCAGCCAAUGUGAACAAAAACCGUGUCAGGAACAUUACCCCAGCAAACGGAUGCAGACCUUAUCUCUCCACGCCGGUAGAUGGCGGUACUGACUACAUCAAUGCUGUCUUCAUAGAUGGCUACCGCCAAGGCGAUGCCUACAUCGUGACACAGAUGCCUUUACCUGAUACUGUGGUGGACUUCUGGAGGAUGAUGUAUGAUCACAAUUCUGCUACAAUAGUCAUGAUGAAUGAAGGAACCAAGAUGGAUAAGACAGCCGCUGUGUACUGGCCUGAAUCUGGCUCAGCGACAUAUGGACCUUUCACAGUGGAAGUGGUGUCUACAUAUAAGAGUGGGGAUUCUUGUAUUGUAAAGGAAUUUGAGCUGAAAAAUAUAAAACGGACGAAAGAAGAGCCGCGCAAGAUACGCCAGUUCCAGCUUCAAGGGUGGAAGACAUCAGAUCCCACGCCGUCCUCAACAGAAGAGCUCUUAGAACUACUAGAUGAAGUACAGCGCUGGCAACAGCAGAGUGGGAACACAACCAUUACUGUGCACUGCAUGAACGGAGCUCACCAGAGCGGCGUUUUCUGUGCCGUGUCCAGAAUAUUAGAGAAGAUGAAAGUGGAACAACAGGUGGACGUGUUUCACACAGUCAAAGCCGUGCGAAUCAACAGACCACAGUUCAUAGACAGUUUGGCCCAGUAUAAAUUUUGCUAUACUGCAGUUGAAGAGUACGCCAGAAGAUUUGACACCUACGCCAACUUUCAGAUAUAACGGAUAUAUCGGAAUGCAUUGCACAUAUAAUUUACGUUUAUAUAUCAAAUCUGUACGCACAGUGCAUGUAUGUUUGCACGCUAAAAUAUGUUUCUGUACAAACAGGGUUCAUACGCCGGAAGAUUCUGAUAAUUUUGGUCAUUUGGUCAUCGAUCAUGCCCUAAAAGGGACGUCCCUCUUGUUUAUAAACUGGACAAACUGGGUAGUUAUGGACAGUGCCUUUAUUAUUCCAUGCAUAUUAUAUAUUCAGGAUAUGCCCCAUUUACAUUUCUUGUGUUUUGAUAGAUAAUAAUUUUACUGCUUUAUUUGAUAUAGCUACAUGGUAUACUCAACAUAAUACAAGCACAAGUACUAUAUGUAUACUUGGUGUUCGGGUGAUUAGGUAUAGAUUUCCGCCAUGUAAAUGACGUGUAGACAGAUGACACUUUCAUAAUAUAUCAUCUGUACAUUUGUGGUGCCGACUGUCUGUAGGAAACAAUAUGUAUAAAAUUUAUAUUAUUUAGUAACAAUUGUUCAUUUGUGCGGUAUUGAUUUUGACAAAAAUUAAGGUACAUGUUUGGGAUAUAGCUAAAAAAAGAAAAGAAAGAGAGAAAGAAAAAAUUGAUAUUUACUAAACCCUCUGAGGGGGGUGUUUUAUUAUAGACGAUAUACUGUAGACGUUGAACGACGAAAGACUUCCUGGUUGUAUGGACGGUCAUUUUUUUAGGUAAACCAUUUUAAUUUUCAUAAUAGCCAACUUUAGAGUAUUUCACCAAUAUUUGAGAAUGCUUUAUGCUUGGAAUACAAAUCGUAAUCCUGGGUUGUAGAGAGUCACUUUACCCUAUGUCAUUUAUUUCAAAAUUUGGAUGGGUGACUUGAUAUGACUGUUUGUAAAAUGGUAUUGGUACAUUAUGUAGAUGGUACAAAAAAAACUAUACAAUAUAAUGCUAUAUAAUGGACAAAAUAGCUCUCUAAUUGUAUUUUCACAGUGUGUUUGACUGUUAAAAAACGUGUACGACACAUAUUUUUGUAUUGAGUAGUAGUAAUAGUAACUUGGCACAAUCGUCCUAAGUAAGUAUUCAUACCCCUUGUACACCUUGUAAUUGGUCAAUAGCAUACUCAUUUAAAAUUACAUCUAUAUUGCCAUUUUUUCAUCCACCCAGGUGGAUGCAUACAUGUACCUGUAGAUACGUUAAAUACAUUUAUC